AUGUCCUCUGUGGGGACUGUUGUCUUCAGACUGAAGUCCUCAGACUCAAUGGAGCUGGAGAUGUUUGCUUUGGGGUCCUUCUGCUUCAUGGGUGAUGAAAAUUUGGAGGUGUCGAACCAAAACACAAUUGGACCCGCUUUGCCACCGACUAUGGGAAAACGCAGUGAUUAUUCAGACGAAGAAGCAAUCAUAGGUCCAGCUUUGCCUCCACUGUAUAAAGCUGCAGACUCUUCCAGCUCAUUUGAGGACAGUGAUCAAGAAGAGCUUGUGUUCAAGAGGGCCAAAUACUCAUCAUCUAGAAACCGUCCUUCUUCAAACAUCAGAGACUUUGUGGACGAAGAGAUGGAUAGAAAGCAAACUGAAGAAGAGGAGGAGGGGAUGAUGAUGAUGGAUGAUGAUGGUUUCUUUGGUCCAGCUCUUCCCCCAGGAUAUCAAAAGCAAGACAUAUCACCUGAACGGCCACUUGUACUAGGACCUGCACUCCCUCCGGGAUUUAGAAGAAAGGAUGAAGGUGAAGAUGAAAAUGGAGCAAAAGAUAACACCAGAGGGUUUUUAGGGCCAGUUCUACCUUCAGGAUAUCAAAAGCAAAAGGGAUCACCUGAACGACUACCUGUUGUAGGACCUGCACUCCCUCCAGGCUAUAAAAAACAAGAUGAGGAUGAAGAGGGAGAAAAAGAUGAUGACACGGGUUUUUCAGGGCCAGCUCUGCCACCAGGAUAUGAGCCAGAGUUUUCAAGCAGUGAAGAGGAGGAUGACAAUGUCAUUGGACCCUUGCCAGCAAUAGGAACAGCCCAGGACUCUGUGGCAUUGGACUUUGAAAGAAGAGCUCAAAAGAUGAAAGACAAACUUACAGGAGUGGAUACUGGACCAGCAGUGCUCACCAGAGAGAGCUGGAUGACCGAGUUGCCUCCUGAGUUACAGCAUGUAGGCUUGGGUGCACGUACUUUUAAGAAAAGAUCGGGCCCGGAGAACAAAGACCGCACAGUCUGGACUGACACUCCCGCUGACCGUGAGCAAAAAGCCAGGGAGCGACUAGAGGCUAAGGAAAAGGGAGAGUCAGCCAAGGAUGAUGGCCCUCGUCUCUCUCGGAAAGAGCUUGAGAUGGCUGAAAAAGUUUCAAAAUAUAAUGAGUCCAAACGUGGAGAAUCUCUCAUUAGUAUGCACACUAAAAAGAUGAAGAGGAAAGCUGAGGAGGAUGCCAAUAAGCCAGUGGAGAGAAGACCCUUCGAUAGAGACUCAGAUCUCCAAGUCAAUCGCUUUGAUGAGGCUCAGAAAAAAGUCUUGCUCAAGAAGUCACAGGAGCUGAACACACGCUUUUCACAUAGCAAAGACCGCAUGUUCCUAUGAGGGACAUUAACCAAAUUAAUGUAAUUAUUUUUAAAGAACAUUGUACUACAUUGGAAUCAUCACCUUGGAUGUAUUAUCAAAAUAAUAUCAAUCAUGUUUAAAGUAUAUGUAAAUGUGCUGGUCUGACGAAUCCUCUUCAAUUUUAAGAACAACAUUUUCUGUAAAUAUAUAACUAUUCUGUAACUGUAUAAGGCAUCUGUUUUGUACUAAUACUGUGAUACAGAAUGAUUGUUCACCUACAAUAAAAAUCUGUAAUUUACUCAA